AUGCAACUCUAUAUGCACCGUGGCCACGUGUGGAGGAUGCGGGCGCAGAUUGCAUGCAUGAUUAUGCUUCUAGAAGGUCUUGCUGCAGCGACGCCUACAAUAAAUCUCCCUUUGAACUCUCAAUUUCCUCCAGUUGCGCGAGUCUCAGCACCAUUCAAUUUCACAUUUUCCAAAUCAACCUUUUCUUCAGAUAAGGUAUUGACCUACGCUUUGUCAAAUGCGCCAAGUUGGCUGUCUCUCGAUAGCGCGACUCGAACUCUCUCCGGCACACCGCCAGAUUGGGCUUCUGGUACAUCGCCGACCCUUGAUAUUAUUGCUACAGACGGGUCUGGGUCCAUCUCCAUGAGGUCAACAUUGAUCGUCUCGACACGUAAGGCGCCAGAAAUUACGAUGCCAAUUGCAGCUCAAUUACAGUCUCAGGGUGCCAACACUGCACAGAACUCGAUUAUAUUCAACUCGUCGUCUCGGUUCAGCUUUAGCUUCAGCACAGGCACGUUUACAUACCCCGUCGGCAGAAGCACGUUUACAUACUUCGAAACCCCAUCUGCCAUCGGUAUGGCUGCAGUUACAAUGGACAACGCGCCUCUGCCUCCGUGGAUAUCUUUUGACAACUCCACACUGACAUUCUUGGGAGAAACACCGGACUCGAAGGCUUUAACCCAGCCCCAGGAGCACUUCGGAAUCCGCCUUAUUGCGUUAGAUGAACCUGGAUUUGCUGGAGCAUCAGUGCCUUUCUAUAUCACGGUUGAAAAUCACAAGCUUGAGUGGGUUGUCCCGGCUUUCGAGAUGAAAAUUUUUGUUGGAAAACCAUUUGAAUUCAAGGCUCUCUCCGGGAGUCUGAAACUGGAUGGCAAAGUAGCAAACACAGCGGAUAUUAUAUCCGUCACUACUACUAAGGUGCCUUGGCUCGAGUUCGACAAUACCAACUAUGUUCUAUUUGGGACCCCGCGGGAGCGACGGAAAAGUGCAUCGCCGCUUGAUGUGACAGUUUCGGCUCAAGACAGAUACGGUGGAACUGCGACAGCCGUCAUUCGAGUAACACUUGCAAACAAUAUAUUCUUCGACGGCGACAUUGCCUCAAUAAACGCUACUAUUGGCCAACCAUUCUCAUACAGUGUUAGCCAGGUUUUCGUCGAUUCAACUGCUGUUGAUAUCGGAGUAUCGAUUUCCCCACAAGUGUCAUGGUUAUCAUUUGAUUCAAAAGCUCUUGCAAUAUCAGGAGAUGUUUCCAAAUCCGCUGAGGAAUCAUCAAUUAACAUAACCAUGGCCGCGACACCCAAAUUAGCUCUGUCAAACACAACUCCGGAUCUUAAGUCAUUUACGAUAAAUGUCGUUUCUCAGCCUUCCAGUACGUUAUCUGGUGUUCACACGUCAGCAACAAUUGAGACUGAAGAUUCAACAGUAGAUUCCAAUGGUUUAGAAGCCACGACAGCCCCAACUGGCAAUGCCUCAAGACACGGUUUAACUCGAGGAGAGCUUGCUGCGGCUAUCAUCUUGUCUAUAUUUGCAGUGAUUUUCAUGGCUGGAAUUCUGUUGUACUGUGGGAGACGACAGCGGAAUCGCUUCAAACUGUCGGACACCAUAGUACCUCUAUCAAAAAGAGCUAUCUCAACACCAAGGCUUCAGAAAAAGUUCUCAAUAUUGGGCCUGAAUGGGAGUCCGGGAAGCUCCCAUCCGGGUUUGAGAGCGAAGGCAAAAAAUUUGAAUAAGGUUACGUUUGACAACCCGGAUCCAUUCAGUACAAAGUAUCCUAGCGCAACCGUUCGACAAUCUGCAUCGUCCUCCAAGUACUCCGACGAAGUAUCUCCGCAUCUCAACGUGGGUCAUAGUGGCCACAAAGACUUCUCUCGUCCAUUUCAAGGCACAGGCGGGUCUGCAAACUCAAUCGACGAUGACCCCGAUAUCUUAAUCAUUCAAAACUUUCCCAGAGAAUCUGAGGGAACCAAAUCUCAUGGCAUCACAGCAGCUCCCUCUGCAGUUCGCACCAAGGGCGGUACAUAUUCAUUCCAUCCCUAUCGCACAACUCCCGGGGCAUCACCCAACCUCGAGAAAACCCCGGAGGCGACAUGCGCAACAAAGAUGAAAAAAUACCGCGCGCACAAACGGCAUCGAACUCCCAGCGAUCUAGGCCCCCUUCCAAACACCCCGAGCAAACAGUACAGCAGUACUGGUCUCCAACGCACAGGCUCAGAACGCAGCACCAGAACAGUCCAACCCUGGAGCAAAAAAAAUCGCGCCAAUGGACAUAACCACAGUACAUCGGUCAACCCCGUCGGCGAGAGCACCUGGGAAAGCACCCCAGGCAGUCCGAUCAAAAGCUCCGCCGCUCGUCCACGCAGCAGUUUGAGUGUCGUCACCGAAUCCACCGAUGUGCUUUACCUAGACCACCCCUCCCCUACGACUACAACGAAUGACAGCCUCCCAUUGACAUUCAACUCUGCUUCGCCAUUCACUCAGCCCCUGCAAACCUUUCUCGACAUGGCCUACUCCCCACCAGGUAGCAACCUAGGCAAUAGCAGAUCAUCACUCUCGCAAUUACCCAGCCGUCGUACUACUGGAUCAAGCCCGUUCUUCAGCGGCAGUCACCGCACGAGUGCACGAGUUCAGUCGCGCGGCAAGAUGCUCUUCGGCACUGACAAGGAAGCGGCAGCGAAGAUUAGCAGACGUCAGGCGGUGCCCGAGCCGUUGGCACUACGGAAACUUGCGAGGGAGGAGAACAAAUUGCAAGCUUUGCAAGAUCCAGAGCUAGCGCAGCUGCUGGAUGGGCUGGGUGGUAGCCGUAUCGAUCCCGCGAUUAGCUCAUAUGCAGGCUCGAUCGAGAUGACGGAAGAUGGCACGAAGCGCUUGAUAUCCUUCUUGGCUUCAGUAGAUAAGAGGAAGAGCUGGGUUAGCGAUACAGACUCGAGGAAGUCAUUCAGCGCGUGGGAUUUUGAGCAAGAAAAGGAGGGCCCAAGUGAGGCCCCUACCGGGAUGCUGCAGAGGUUUAAGAGCUACAGGAGUAACGUCUCGACUCGCUCCAAGACGACGUUUAGGGGGCAGAGCAUCUGGCUCGGCAACGAGGAUAAGGAUGCGCGGGGGCCAACGUUUAUGGAGCAGAUGGCUUCGCUGGAGUAUUGUGGGGUGCUGUUUGGAAGCAACCCUGAUAAGGGGGGGAGAUGGGCUCGGAGCCAGUGGUCUGAGAGUAUAGGGGGUAGUUCUAAGCGGUUGUCGACACCCUUGAGCCCGAAAUCCUUUGAGCUGGGGAUUUGGGGGAAGAGAGAUGGGAAUGAUGGUGUAGGUUCUGUGGUUGUAUGAGUAUGAUACAGGGGUUUUGGGGGUGUUAUGCAGGUUUAAGUUUUGUAUUGAUUGUCAGAGUUUGAACCCUUUUAUGGGAAGGCGGAUGGGGACUGGGGGCUAUGGAGUAAUGAUGAGGAGUUCAAAGGCACUAAUUAAUAGUCAAAGGGCAGUUUGUUUUUUGAGGUAAAUUAUUUUAAUGUUCUAUUUUAUUUUUGAACGGAUUAUAAUCAUUUGUCUCGGCCCAACAAACCAAGACACCAUUUAUUUGUAUUUUAGAAAAAGGCAG